AUGGCACACACAUUCACAACAAACUCCCACCCCCCAGCCCUCCUGGACAACACAACCACCACUACUUUACUCUACCCAACCCCCGCCAACCCAAACCCGAGCACAAACCAUCCAGUCUUUACACACGCCAUGACCGUCCGACACGCCGUCUUUGUCAACGAGCAAGGCUGCGCCGCCGACGCCGAGAGAGACGAAGACGAUGCGCGGAGUUGGGAGUUUGUUAUAUACGCCAAACGACCACCACCACAAGCGCAAGAAGAACAGCCCGUCGCGGUAGUACGCCUCGUGCCCCCGCCGCACGCGCCGCACGACACGCUACUCGACCCUGCGCGCGCGUCUGAGUUCCCGCGGUUUGAUACGGAGCAUGAGCCGUACGUCAAGGUCACGCGGGUCGCGGUGUUGAAGGAGUUUCGCGGGCUUGGGUUGGCGGGGAGGGUGAUGCGGGUUGCAGAGGAGUGGGCGGCGGCGAAUAAAGAGGCUAUUGAUGCGAUGUAUCGGCGGGUUGCUGGCGGCGAUAUACAACAGCAAAAAGGGUGGAAUGGGCUGGUUGGGCUGCAUGCCCAGGUGCAGGUUGAGAAAAUGUAUCAGCGCAUGGGCUACGAGACCGAUGGCUCACUGGGGACGUGGGACGAGGAGAGCAUUCAGCAUGUGGGCAUGUUUAAGAGAGUGGCCUUAAAUUAG